UGAGCUUUGGGAUGCUGUGUGUUCUACAAAUCACGCUGAACAUCUCCCUGAGACUAGUCUAUAACAGAGGCAUGGGAGAUAAAACCAAUGUGACUGCAGAGAGAGACCAGCUACAGAAGGAGAGAGAUGAUCUCAAAAGAAAGUUCUCUAAUCUGAAACAAACCUGUCCUGAAGGCUGGCAGAAGUUUGAAUCCAGUUGGUACUUCAUCUCUACUGAGACUAAAACCUGGAUGGAGAGCAGAGAGGACUGUCUGGAGAGAGGAGCUGACCUAGUCAUCGUAAACAGUGAUAAGGAACAGGAGUUUCUCUUUGGCCUCAAUAAGAGAGCCUGGAUUGGUCUGACUGACUCUGUUACUGAGGGGACCUGGAGAUGGGUGGACCACACACUACUGACCACCCCAAGUUACUGGUACCAACAGCAGCCUGACAAUGGUAAUGACGACCCAGCAAAUGGGGAGGAGGACUGUGUUGAGCUGAACACAGAAACAUGGCUUCCUGUAAAGGCAUGGAAUGACCAGUCAUGUGAAGACAAUCGUCACUGGAUUUGUGAAAAACGGGUUUAACAACACCAUGACA